AUGACCUGGAAAGUGGCCAUCAUCGGCGGCGGCCCCGGCGGCCUCGCUGCAGCGAUUGCCCUGACGCAGCUCAACGAGAAGCAGUACCGCCAAGGCCUGCCGGCACUCGUCGACUGGACGCUCUACGAAAAGAAGCCGCGCAUCAGCGAGACGGGCGGCGGCAUCAGCAUCCAGCGCCACACGUGGCGGAUGCUGGAGCUGCUGGGCGUGGCCGACCGGGUGGACGCGCGCGACGUGUUCCGGGCCGCCGACGGCCGCAAUGUCGAGCACCGCAACGCCGUGACGGGUGUCUUGAUUGCUCGGCGGUUCCACUCGGACGACACGCCGCCGCACCAGGUCAGCGGACGCAUGGUGCGGGCAAAGCUGCAGAAAGCCUUGUUGUCGGCCGUCGACGCAUCGCGGGUCAGGACCGACAAGAAGCUGGUGUCGGUGGAGGACGCCAGCGACACGGCGCACACCCCCGCUGUGCGCCUUGCGUUUGCCGACGGCGAGGUGUCCUCGUUUGACCUCGUGAUUGGCGCCGACGGCAUCCGGUCCGUCGUCCGCUCGUUUUUGUCGCCGCACCACACGCUGCAGUACAACGGCCAGUCGGCGUACCGCACCAUCCUGCGCAAGCAGGACGUAGCCGCGAUCAGCGGCAUCCCCGCCUCGCCCGUCUUUUGGCAGUAUGUCGGCGGCAAGUACGUCUUCACGUGCCCGCUGGGCGGGGACGAUUUCGAAGUGACGGCGCGCAUCCGUCCGGACCUGUCGGACGACGAGGCGGCCCAGCAGACCAGCUGGGGCCAGCCGUACGACAUGACCCGGCUGCUGCCGUCGUACGCCGAGUUUGCGCCGCCGCUGCGGCAGAUCCUGCGGCUGGCCGCCGACGUGGGCGGCACGCAAGAGUUUGCCAUGUUCCACGGCCCGCGGCUGGAGACGGUGGUCAAGCCGGUGGGCACCAAAACCACCGCCGCCCACGGCGGCGGUGUCCUUCUUCUGGGCGACGCAUCGCAUCCCCUCUCCGGCGCCUUUGGUGCGGGUGCGGGCUUUGCGUUUGAGGACGCGUACACGCUGGCCCGGGCGCUGUCGUGGGCCCACGCAACGGACCGCGCGCUGGUGGACGCGCUGUGGGUCUACGACCACGCGCGCUCGCCGCACUACGCCAACCUGUACAAGGAACUCGACCGCGGCGGCGCCAUCGUCAAGGACGUGGCGAGCCAGAAGCUGCCGCUGCACGACGAGAUCAGCGAGCGCGUGCGACGGCUCUGGCUGGAUGACGGUAAAGGUGGCUCCGGAUGGGUGUACUUGUACCACGCGGACGAGGUGGUGGAAGAGGUGAUUCAGCAGAGGGAGAAGGAGCUGGCGACAACGACAGAGUCUGCCAAGACGGACGAGACGGACGAUGCCGCCCCGGAAACUACAGCAGAGCCUGCCACUGCGACAGAGUCUGCAAAGACAAAAGAGACCAGCGAGGCCAACCCCCAAGCAGCAGCAGAGCCUGUCACAAACGGACAACCGGAGCAGCAGCAGCCUUCAUCGGUCAAGGACGUGGUUGUGCCGGUGGUACAGGAGGUGACUGCUGCAGCAGCCUAA